UGUCGCAGCGGCUGUUUCCGGAGGGCCCUGAAUGCCGACGCCCCUCUUGCCCUGGGUUUCAUCGGAGGAAGAAGGCGCAAGGAGGAGGCAAGAUGGUGCCUGGCUGGGUGGCUCGAGGGCUGUGGAGGGGCUGCUGCGGCUGCAGGAGGUUUGUUUCUACAGCUGCUGCUCCUCAACUUUCAACAGCUGAGAUUGCUCAGAUGCGCAAUGAACUUUUCACAAAAGAGAGAGAGAGACAGUUGUCUCUUUAUCCACGGAUUGAGAAGAUUGAAGUAAAAUAUGUUGGCAAACAUCAUCCAGGCACUUUAUUUAUAAUGAAUAAAGGGUUGUCCACACCAUAUAGUUGUGCUAUGCAUUUAAGUGAAUGGCACUGUAAGAAAUCUGUACUUGCCCUUGUGGAUGGCGAACUCUGGGAUAUGAACAAACCUUUGACUCGCUCAUGUGAAAUUCAGUUCCUUACAUUCAAAGAUGAAGAUCCAGAGGAAGUAAACAAAGCUUAUUGGCGCUCCUGUGCUAUGCUCCUUGGCUGUGUAUUAGAGCAGGCAUUUAAAGAUGAAUAUUCAGUCACCCUUAUUAGAGCUCCAGAAGUUCCAGUGAUCUCUGGAGCUUUCUGCUAUGAUGUAAUCUUGGACAGCAGGCUCGAUGAUUGGAAGCCGACUGAGGAAAGUCUUCGUUCUUUUACAAAGGAUGUUCACAGACUAAUUCACCAAGACCUUCUGUUUGAAACCCUGGAUGUUGAUGCAAAUGUGGCGCUUGAAAUAUUUCAGCAUAACAAGUACAAACGGGAUAUAGUUGAACAGAAUGCUUCACAAAAUUCUGAAGGAAUAGUAAAACUGCACAGAUUUGGCAACUUUGUAGACAUUAGUGAAGGCCCUCAUAUACCCAGAACUAGCUUCUGUCACCAGUAUGAGGUGACAACAGCUCAUAGUCUUCAAAACAGCCAGUUUGAACUUACACGGAGAUUCCAGGGUCUCUCUCUUCCAGCUGCCUUGAAGCUCCAUCAUACUAUAUGGCAUAGACUGCGGGAAAGAUCUCGGCAACUCGUCAGUGAAGACAGAAGAAAAGAGGAGAAAGACAAAAAUACUAUCUCAAAUACUGAAUCAGUCUAAGUACUUCUGAUUUACACAUGAGAAAAAAAUAGUGAAUUAAACUGACAAUUUUAAAACUA